CCCCCCCCAGGCCCCAUGGAGCGCUGGCGCCCGCAGGGCCACAGCGUUUUCUUCGUGUUCAACGUCUCCCGCGUGCGGGCGGAGGUGGGGAGCGAAGCGCUGCUGUACCGCGCCGAGCUGCGGAUGCUGCGGCAGAGGGCGGGCGGGGAGAGCGCCGGCACCGAGCAGAGGCUGGAGCUGUACCAGGUUUACGGCAAUACCUCCUGGAGGUACCUGCAUGGGCGCUCGGUGCGCGCCACGGCGGAGGACGAGUGGCUCUCCUUCGACGUCACCGACGCCGUCCAUCAGUGGCUCAGCGGCAGCGACCCUCUGGGGGUCUUCAGGCUGAGCGUGCACUGUCCCUGCGAGCUGAGCUCCGGCCGUGCCGACGAGAUGCGCAUCUCCAUCGAAGGCUUCGAGCAGCAGCGCGGGGACAUGCAGAGCAUUGCCAAGAAGCACCGCCGCGUGCCGUUCGUCCUGGCCAUGGCGCUGCCGGCAGAGCGCGCCAACGAGCUGCACAGCGCCCGGCGACGGCGCGACCUGGACGCCGAGUAUUGCUUCGGGACGGAUGAGAAGAACUGCUGCGUGCGGCCGCUCUACAUCGACUUCCGCAAGGACCUGCAGUGGAAGUGGAUCCACGAACCCAAAGGUUAUAUGGCCAACUUCUGCAUGGGGCCGUGCCCCUACAUCUGGAGCGCAGACACGCAGUACACCAAGGUGGGGGGGCGCGGGGGGGCGGGGAU